CCUGCAGCCUUUGCAGAUAAUGAAAGCAUGUGUCCUGUGACAUGAGAAUUAUUUUUUAAAUAAUUUCUAAAAUUCACUGCACAAUUAGUCAUGUUUGAGAGGAAAAAAAUAAUUUCAAAAAUGUCAGACUUUUUUUUGACUUCCAGACAACCAGAAGAGGAAGACAGAAUAGCUCAACUGAAUGAAUUUGACUGCUGUCUUUUGCGUAUCCAAAUAUAUCUUGUGACAAAGACAUUUGCAUGUACAUUGCGCAGCAAGAGUAAUGAAAAACAAGCUAAAGCGCACUGAAACAUGUAGAAAGGGCAUGUGCUCUGCACAGGUUGAGCCCUACCUGUGCACGUGCCUGCUCAGAAAUGCAGUGUAACAACAUUCAAGACUUCACAAAGUAAGAGUGAUAAUAAGAAUUAUUAUUUAUGCAAGUAAAUAUGCACUGCUUUAACAGCAAGGCAAGGAGAUGUAGCUGUUGUGGAAUGACUACGAAAAAAUGAAAUAACACAUUAAAUAUGAAGGUUUUGUGCAAUAAUUUAAGACAUUUCUCCUCUCCUUAUAUUUUUACAUUUUUGGCAUAAAACGUUCUUUAAAGUUGAGUCAGGAAUACAACAUAUAACCCCACUGAACCUUUUUUUCUAAGAGUGUAUGAUGUUUGAUUUUCAAGCACUGACAUGUUACAAUUGGCAUUGCGCAGGUGCAUUUCUCCGCUUUUGUUUUCAUUUGGGAUUGUCUUGUCGUAAAAGAUGGCGGAAGUUAUGUUAUGACACUUUCUGUAUAUGAAAUAAAUGUAGUACAACUUUCUCCAGUUAGUUUACUAGUUAAUCUUUAGAAUGAGAAACAGCAGAGCAGCUGAUGGGAUCAUGUUAACUCUUCCUCUAUUCAAACUACUGAAGAAUUUGAAUGUUUUUCUUGUUUUGUUCUGUUUUAAUCUAUGUAUGGAUGAUGUGAAUGAUUAUGUGAGGGAUGAAAAGGCGACAGGAGUGACUGAGAGAGAUUUCAUCAUUCUUCACAAUGAUUUUACUGAAAUGCAACAAGAUCAUGUGCUGUGGAUGUUCGGAUCUCCAAACAUUCACACUCCUGAAGUCUAUGAAAGGAUCAUCUCGACUUCGGACAGUUACGAGAGGUUUAAAGACAAGCAGAGCAGAUCACACAUUAUCUGGAGCUUCAGCGACACACAUGGGGCCACUCAAACUCGACUACAAACCUUUUCCAGAUCGUUUGAAACGAAGGCUUCAGUGAUGGAGGGAGAAAGGGUGACAUUUUUCCCUGAUGCUUCUGAACUACAAAGCGGUGAUCUGAUACGGUGGAAGUCUGAAGAUCAUCUAUGUAUAGCUAAUAACAUGGAAAAUAAAAUUAUUACAUGUGAUGGUGAAGAGGGAUUUGGAGACAGAUUUCAGCUGGAUAGUCAGACUGGAUCUCUCACCAUCCAGAACAUCAGCAUUAAAGACACUGGAUGUUAUAAACUUACCAUCAUCAGAAAUGGAAUCAUACAACAUACAACAUUAAAGUCUCAUUGUGUUAAAGUCUAUGGUUCUUUACCUGUUCCUAACAUUACCAGAGACUCUUCAGACUGUUCUUCAUCAUCAUCAAGUCAGAAUUGUUCAUUAGUGUGUUCAGCUGUGAAUGUGAGUCAUGUGACUCUCUCCUGGUACAAAGGAAACAGUUUAUUGUCCAGCAUCAGUGUGUCUGAUCUCAGCAUCAGUCUAUCUCUACCUCUGGAGGUGAAAUAUCAGGAUAAAAACACCUACAGCUGUGUGAUCAACAAUCCCAUCAGACACCAGACUCAACAUCUGGAUAACAUCACGCAACUCUGUCAGCCAUGUCCAGGUACAGCAGCAUCUCAUAUUCUCAAAUUUUAUGUCUAUUUGAUUUGA